UCCCUCCGACUCACAUCUUCUUCCCCUCUUUCCUAGAGAGAGAAUCAACUUACGAAUGACUCUCAAUUGGGAUUUCAUGGUGAUUUCUAGUUCCUCAAAGCAUGCUAUAGUUAUCUUCGUCGCUUUAGUACUGUUGAGCAAUAGAGCAAACUGUGAUGAUUCUCUACAUGCCAACAAGGGGAACAACUGCCUAGAGAGUGAAAGGAGAGCUUUGAUUGCCAUCAAGAGCGAUAUGUAUGAUCCUGGCGAGCGGUUAUCUUCAUGGACCGGCUAUGAUUGCUGCAAGUGGAGAGGAGUUGCUUGCGACAAUCUUACUGGUUAUGUCACUAGGCUUGACCUUCACUAUCCCGAUGAAUAUAAUCCAUGGGUGGAGAGUAUUGGUGCGAGCAAGGUAAAUCCUUCUCUGUUUGAACUGAAGCAUUUGAGAUACUUGGAUUUGAGCUUUAAUAACUUCUCAUAUGCGCAUGUGCCCCACAUGAUUGCCUCACUUGUGCACUUGGAAUACCUUAACCUCUCCAAUGCUUGUUUUGAUGGAUUAAUUCCUCCCGUGUUAGGGAAUCUUUCCCACAUACAACACCUUGACCUUCGAAAUUAUUGUACAUAUCCAAUUACUCUAUUCUCAAACAACUUGAGUUGGCUCUCCAACUUAAAUUCUCUACAAUAUCUCGACAUGAGUUGUGUAAACCUCUCUAAAGCAACCAAUUGGCUCCACCAAAUUAAUUUGAUUCCUACUCUACAAGUGUUGCUUUUGGGGGGUGCAAGUCUCCCACGUGUCCCACCUUCUUUACCCACAUUUAACCUCACUUCCCUCACCAUGCUCGAUCUCAGUCAGUAUGAAUGGAACAUCAGCGCUUCCAUGUUGAGGUGGUUGUCUAAUGCCAGUAAUCUUGAACACCUCGAUCUAUCUAAAUGUAUGAGGGUGUUUGAUGCUGAGGCGCUUUCAGUUGCUUUGGGAGCUCUGCAUAAUUUGAGGAAGCUAGUUUUGGUCGAAACUCAAAUAGCAGGACAAGUUUCUACAAUUCUGAAGAAUGUUAGCAGAAUGUUGCAACAUUUAGAUUUGCAAUGGAAUUUCUUCUUACCUGGAGAAAUUUCAACAAUUUUGUCGAUCCUUCCGCACCAAUUGGAGUUCUUAGCAUUAGAUAUGAAUGACAUCUAUGGGAGAAUCCCAGAGAUGUUAGGGAAUUACACAAGCUUGAGACACUUGAGUAUGUCCUACACUCGAAUAACUGGAGAAAUUCCAAGAACAAUAGGGAAACUUAUCCAUUUGGAGCUUCUUGAUUUGUCUAUAAAUGAUAUAACAGGAGAGAUGCCAUUGAACGUAGGAAACCUUACAAACUUGGAAGAGCUAUAUUUGAGCGAAACCAACAUCACAGGAUCGAUACCAGAGAGUCUUGGUAAUGUUAUUUCCUUGAAGUAUUUGAAUUUGUUUGGAAAUAAGAUUACUGGAGAAAUACCAAAAACUUUGGGGAGUCUUCAAAAUAUGCUACAAUUAGAUUUACACGGCAACUUUCUCACUGGACAAAUACCAACAACGAUUGCCAGAAUUUCCAACCUGUGUUAUUUGGAUGUAUCAGAGAACCGCUUAACUGGAGAAAUACCAAUAACGAUUGACAGAAUUUCUAACCUGAGUUAUUUGGAUGUAUCAAAUAACUACUUAACUGGAGAAAUACCAACAACUAUUGGUAGAAUUUUCAACUUGUGGUAUUUGGAUGUAUCAGAGAACAACUUAAUUGGAGAAAUACCAAAGACUUUUGGCCGCCUAUGCAACCUAUGGAUGCUAGAUCUGUCAUUAAACAAUAUCAUCGGAGAGUUAGCAAAUCUACUUGAUGACUUAUCUAAUUGUCCACAAGGAGCAGCGUUAUCAUCCUUAAGCAUUGCCGACAAUAAUAUGAGUGGAAGUAUUCCAUCCAACCUUGGACUGUUAGCUCACUUACAGGAACUGGACCUCUCCUCAAAUUCUCUACAAGGUAACAUGACUGAAGCUCACUUUUCUCAACUUACAAGCUUGUCGUCUUUGAAUAUAUCUUUUAACUCCUUGAAUGUGAUUCUACCAAAUGAUUGGCGUCCCCCUUUUCAUGCCUAUAAAAUUGAUAUGAGUUCCUGUCAUUUGGGAGGUACAUUUCCUUCAUGGAUUCAAUCCCAAAGGUAUUUGCAUUCACUGUACCUUUCUGGAGUAGGACUCUUAGGAACAAUUCCACUCUGGUUCUCAAACUUCAUUUCAAACACUAGGCUUCAAUGUCUUGACCUAAGUUCAAAUAAUUUGAGUGGUCUAAUACCUUCUACUCUUUCUCCAUUUACUGAUCUUUCAAACAACUCAUUUGAAGGGCCAAUUCCAACGAACAUAAUGAUUACAGACUCCACUCAAAUUUUAGUGUUGUCUAAUAACCAUAUAAAUGGUAGUUUUCCACCCUUCUUGUGUAAUUUAACUUCCAUAUUUUUCAUUGAUUUGUCUAACAAUCACUUAUCUGGUACAUUCCCACAUUGUCAAAACUCAUUUCCUCAUGCAUUACAGUAUCUACAUUUGAACAAUAAUAGUAUCUCUGGACAAUUUCCUUUUUUCCUAAAAAAAUGUAAAUUGUUAAUCACUCUUGAUCUCGGUGAAAAUAAAUUGUCGGGCAAAAUACCAACAUGGGUUGGAUAUCUCACUUCUCUACAAAUUUUACGUUUGAGUUCAAACUCUUUCACCGGUGUCAUCCCAAUAAAUAUAGGAUACCUCGCUUCUCUUAAAGUCUUGGAUCUUUCUUUCAAUAAAUUAUUUGGUAAAAUACCUUCAUCUGUAGGACAUUUCAGGGCUAUGUUUCAAGAUUAUACCAAUUCUAAACCAUGCCAUGAUAAUAAUCUUCAAUGUGCAAGGGGACCUAUGGGCUCUUAUAGACCAAAGGAUAAGAUCCUAAUAACUGCCAAAGGAUCAACCUAUGAAUACAUUAUAAUUCUCUCCCUCGUGACCAGCAUAGACCUAUCGCAUAAUAAUCUUUCUGGUGAAAUCCCAAACGAGCUAAUGAUGCUUCGUGAUUUGCACUUCCUGAGCUUGUCCAACAAUCACUUGACUGGUACAAUUCCUGAAAACAUUGCCGAUUUGACAGAGUUAUUUUCUCUUGACUUGUCAAUGAACAAUCUCACUGGCACAAUUCCCUCCAACUUGUCUGCUCUAAACUUUCUCAGUCACUUGAAUCUCUCUUUCAAUAACUUGUCCGGAAGAAUUCCAACCGGGAAUCAAUUUUUAACCUUCGAUGACCCUGCGAUAUACGCUGGCAACAAGGACCUUUGUGGUUGGCCACUACCCGAGUGUCCUAGUGAUGAAGCCCAGCGAGGUCCACUUCAUGCAAGAGAUGAUGAUGAUGGUAAUGGCAGCAAGCUUGAAAAAGUUCUGGAUUAUGCCUUCAUUGCUAUGGGAUUUAUAGUCGGAUUUUGGACAUAUUGGGGCGUAAUGAUCAUGAAAAAGUCCAUCAGAAUUGCUCUCUUCCAGAUGGUGGACAGGAUUUAUGACUGGAUCUAUGUGCAACUCGCAGUGAAGUUUGGAAGGUGAAGACAAAGUGGCAAAGAUGAACUUGAAAGCCUUAUAAUUUGCUGAUUGUACUUCCCUAUCAAAGAACACUCCAGCUUGUAUGCUGCUCUACUAGCUAGAAUAUGAAUAAUGGUGCUGUGUGAAAUAGGAAGUAUUUGCAAACUUUUGUUAUGUAUUUGUAGAACCAUUUGGGAUAUUGUUCCACUUUUCAGUUUACCUGAUGAUAUUUGCAUUA